AUGGCCAGAGCGAAAACGUCCGGUCAGACAGAUUCUGCUGCCAAAUUUAUCUCAAAAUGGAGCAUCGACCCCAGGUUUUUGAAGGAAAUUACCGACCACUUUAGUCCGUCAGCAGAGCAACUGGAUAUCUACUCCGAUGGUGGCAAGGCCAUCUUUACAAGCUUUACAACGAAGAUCACUGACGGGCAAGAAAUCCUCAAACAACCAGUACACACUUCCGUGGCUAUCGAUAAAAGAGACUUUGAGGAUUUUUCGGCUGAAGAUGAACUUCAUAUUGCCAUUAGUCUGAAGGACUUCAAAGCGAUUAUAACCCAUGCAGAGACAACAGGCGUCCUGAUCACCGCUCGGUACACUCGCCCGUGCAGACCACUGCAGCUUGCAUAUGACUUCGAGGGGGUUAGGACCGAAUUCACCUUAAUGACGACAGGCGAAGAUGAUAGUGAGGACUUCCCAUCAUCGCGAGCAGCCAUUCCCGAGCUGUCCGCAAGACAAACGCCCGCGCCGGUGCACGUCUCUCAGAACAAUGCUGCCUCGAAUAUCGAACCGAUGCCACCUCCUCGGAGUCGAUCAAUUCGACCGCUUACUGGGACAACCAACCGCGUCAAAGAGACUACUAGUGUUGGGAGUCAGCAGCCACCGCCACCAUCAGUUCACUUUGACAGUCUGUUUGUGCCAGCCGAUGACGACAGGCAGUGGGAUGUGCCGAAUGAGGAGGACGAGACUAUGGCUGAGGACACGCUUGGCUGGGACGCUACAGCUGAUCAGACAUUCAACGCAAGCCUUGGGCCUCGCUUGCGAGACACUGAACCCGUUCUGCCACAUGACUCAAACCAGCAAGAGCCUCAGGAAGAAAUUGGCAUUCCUCCAACACAACGCAUUUCACAGGUUCGUGGUCUCGGACUUUUCGAUUAG